AUGAGCAUGAUGGGAGAACUGACGUUCUUCCUCGGUCUCCAAAUUCAACAAUCUAAAGAAGGGACGUUCAUAUGUCAAACUAAAUACACAAAGGAGUUGAUCCAAAAUUUUGGUAUGAGCAAUGCCAAAGCUAUUGGCAUACCAAUGAGUCCCUCAACAAGUCUCGAUAAAGAUGAACUGGGAAAAUCUGUUGAUGAAACUAAGUAUCGUGGAAUGAUUGGUUCUUUUCUUUAUCUAACUACUAGUCAACCAGAUAUUAUGUUCAGUGUUUGUAAAUGUGCCAGGUUUCAGUCAGCUCCUAAAGAGUCUCACCUGACUGCAAUAAAAAAAAUUAUUCGAUAUCUCAUUGGAACUAUUUCUCAUGGAUUAUGGUAUCCUCAUUCUAAUACUUUUAAAUUAGAAGGGUUUUCAGAUGUUGAUCUUGCAGGUGAUAAGGAAGACAGAAAAAGCACAAGUGGAACAUGUCAAUUGCUUGAAGAUUCAGAAUCACUUCUUUUAGGGCGGAGAUCUCUAUUCAAUCCCGUUCGUCUCCAUUAUCUAGAAAGCCCUUGUCAGAAGCUCUGCCCAAACCAAAAUCCUUCAAUGGCUAAACACUCCAAAACCCUUUCUGCCUCCACCAGAAAAAGUACCCGCUCCAAAGAAAAACCCCCUUCUAUGCCCCCAGAACCAGUAGACCUAGGGUCCGACCAUUCUGAGGGUUUCGCUUCUUCGUAG